GCCCGGGCAGCCUGCGGGGCAGGUCCGUGGCGCAGCUGGCGGUGAUCCUGCUGGACCACGGCAUCGUGCUCGUGGCCGUCGAGAGGCUUGCGCGCAGGGGCACCGUGGAGGACGAGGGCAUGCACCUGUUCCCCGGCCCGGAGACGUUCCGGCUCAGGAGGGGCGACCGCUUGUUCUGCAUCGCCCGGACACAGCGGGAGCUCCACCAAGUGAUCAUG